AUGUUAAAGGUAGCAGAGGACCGUGAACUCAGAAAGCUAAAAGGAAGACACGUGGCUGUGUACCGUCAAAUCGACGGAUAUCUCGUCAGCCCCUCAUUCGUCGAUGAGCUUGUCCGCGACGCUCUCAGGUACCAACCGCGCCCAGAUGACAUCUUCAUUGUAAGCUACCCAAAGUGCGGAACAACAUGGAUGCAGCACAUCGUGUACAACAUCCUCAACAGCCGACCGCCACCGAGAGGGCUGCUCGAGCAGAGUACCGCCAUGCCAUUCCUGGAAAUGCAGGGCUCCAUGUCCGCGAGGGUCAUGCCGAGACCAGGAGCCAUUAAAACUCACAUGCCAUUUCACUUGCACCCCUACUCGAAGCAGGCCAAGUACAUCUACAUAACCAGAAAUCCUUACGACUGUUGCGUCUCCUUCUACUACCACACCAAGGGCCUGCCUGCCUAUUGCUUCGAAGAUGGCACUUUCGAUGAAUUCGUCGACAUGUUCAUCGAAGGCAAUGUAGCCAUUGGGGACUACUUCGAGCACGUUCUGUCCUGGUACGCGCGAAGACUGGACGAAAAUGUCCUCUUCGUGACGUACGAGGAUCUGAGGAAGGACACGGCGGCAUGGAUCAUGAGGAUUGCCGAAUUUAUUGGGGAAAAGUACGCUUGGGAAUUAAAACAGAACCCAAGCGCGCUAACGCGUGUCGUAAACAACACAAGUUUAAAAGCUAUGCAGGAAAGUGUGAACGAAGUUAUCCAGAAGGGGAGCGAACAGAUGAAGUCCAUGUCUGAAGACAAGAAGCCGUGGUGGAUGAAGCGCGUUCUAGAGACAGCGGGUGAAAAAAUGGCGAAGAAACCUGCAACCGCAGAAUUCAUACGCAAGGGAAUAGUGGGUGACUGGCGCAAUCACUUUAGGCCUGAUCAGGUGAUUCGCAUGAAAAAAACGAUGGCUGUUAAGACUGCUGGAAGUGAUGUCAUGAGUCUUUGGGACGGCAUUGGACUACCGUGAAACCCUCAUAUGACAUUAAAGCUUUCAAUAGGCCCGAGCUUUACACUAGGGGAUAAGAUAAAGAUGACACAACAUAAUAACGGUGUGUAAUAAAGAGACAGCUAAUGUUGAUCUUAACAGACAGACAGACAAUGAACUUUAUUAAGAUAGUCCUG